AUGCUAUUAAGAAGAAAUUUUUUGAAAUUUUUUUAUUCAACAGUUGAGUAAGGAGUAAAUUUUGAAAAGCGUAUCUUCCUUUUAAAUAAAGAAGGAAAGAAAAUUUCUUUUUGGAAUGACAUUCCUCUUAAGGAGAGUUCAUUUUCAAAAGAUGAGUUCAACAUUUGCAUUGAAAUUCCUUAGCACAGAAUUGCAAAAUUAGAAUUAACUAAGGAAGAAGAAUACCACCCAAUUAAGCAAGACACCAGAAAAAAUAAAUUUAACAAAUCUGAAACUGAAUUACGUUACUAUGCCCAAUUCCCUCUUUUCAACUAUGGAUUCUUUCCUUAAACUUGGGAAAGUUCUUUAGAGAAAACUCCAGAAGGAUUUUUAGGCGAUGAUGAUCCUUUAGAUAUCUUAGAAUUAGGCGACAUGAAUAAAGAGCCAGGUUAAAUCUUAAAAGUAAAAGUGCUUGGUUGUUUUUGUUUGAUAGAUUAAGGAGAAGUUGAUUGGAAGAUUUUAAGUAUAAACUCUACAGAGGCAGAAAAAAAGAAUAUUUAAAAUCUAAAAGAUAUUGAAAGAGUAUACGGAGGUAGAUUAGAUGCAAUUAAACAUUGGUUCAAAUAUAUCAAGACAUACGAUGGUAAAAAAGCUAAUGUAAUUCAUUACAACGAAAAAAUAUUCGAUCAUGAAAAGGCUCUUGAAAUCAUACAUGAAACCCAUAACUAUUGGAAAUAAUUAUCAAACUAAACUCCUGCUAAUAAUCAAGAGUUAAACGAAAAGAAAAAGAAGUUCCACUUUAUAUGA